AUGCGAGGCCGGCUGCUGGCGCGGCUGCGGCGGCGGCGGAGGCUGCUGCUGGCCCUGGGCGUGCUGGCUCUGGGGCUUUGGGCCGCUUACCUGGAGUUGGUGGCGGCGGCCGGCGGCGGGGAUCCCGCGGAACACAGAUAUGAAAGCUGGAGGGAGCUGGCUAAGGCUCUUGCAGACACGAAUGUCCCAGGUGGGGACCCAAGCCUUCACUUUUACUAUUCACAGAAGCUGGGACACCAGAGCCGAGAGCUGCAAAGAGGUGGGAGGAAUAAAUCUAAUUCUGCAGCUGUGGACAACCCUGUCCAGUGGAUGCCAGAGUUCCAGGGCCAGGCCAAUCUGCACGUGUUCGAGGACUGGUGUGGCAGCUCCACUGAGCAACUCAGGAAAAACCUGCACUUCCCCCUCUUCCCCCACACACGAACUACACUGAAGAAGCUGGCUGUCUCCCCAAAAUGGACCAACUAUGGUCUCCGGAUAUUUGGCUACCUGCAUCCUUUCACCGAUGGGGAGUUUCAGUUUGCCAUUGCUGCGGAUGAUAAUGCUGAGUUCUGGCUGAGUCCAAAUGAAAAGACCUCUGGUCUCCAGCUGCUGGCCAGUGUAGGCAAGACAGGGAAAGAGUGGACUGCACCAGGGGAGUUUGGGAAAUUUCAGAGCCAGCAGUCAAAGAUGGUGAGGUUGUCAUCUACAGGCAGGUACUAUUUUGAGGUUCUUCACAAGCAGGAUGACAGAGGAACAGACCAUGUGGAAGUAGCAUGGAGACUGAAUGACCCAGAAGUGAAGUUCAAAGUCAUUGACUCCCAAUACCUCUCCCUUUUUGCUAAUGAGACACUUUUAAAGAUGGAUGAGGUUGGGCACAUCCCACAGACAUUGGCCAGUCACACGAGGCGGCCUGCUGACAGUGCAGGCAGCAAGGCACACCCAGCUGACAUGCUGAAGCCUGACCCCAGGGACACUCUUUACAAAGUGCCUCUGCUCAGCAAGUCUCGUGUGCGCAGGGCUCUGGCAAGACUGCCGUACAAGCCCAGCUACCUGGUCAAUGGAUUUCCUCUGCAGCGCUACCAAGGACUCCAGUUUGUUCAUUUAUCCUUUGUUUACCCGAAUGAUUACAGUCGCCUGAGCCACAUGGAGAAAGACAACAAGUGUUUCUAUCAGGAAAACCCUUAUUACUUGGAAAGAUUUGGAUUCUACAAGUACAUGAAAAUGGACCGGCCAGAGAAAAGCCUGGACUCAGGAGAAAAGACAGAGCAGCCUGGAUCCCAGGAGGGGAACCAGGACAACGUGCAGUACAUGGAGCAGGAUGUGGAGAGUACCAGUCGCCCUGAGCAUCCUGGUACAGGGAGGGCAGAACUGGCAGGCAAUGCUCCCAGCAGCAUGGUGGGCAGUGAUGAUGUUCAUGAGGACUAUUCCCUCCGGGAGCAUCGUCGGCUCCUCUCUGUGAUGGGUGGUGACAAACAAGAAGGGCUACAGGGGAGGAGGGCAAAGAGGUCUGAUGUCAAAUCAGCCACGCUGACCUCUGCCAACCAAAGCCUCAUCCAGCCUGGCUUAAAGGGGAACACCAUAAUGCAGAGACCCCAUUUAAAAGCUGGAGUCAAAGAUAACUCCAGAAGCCCUCCGCAGCAUGCCAGGGCUGUCCAGGGGAGAGUGCCUGUCAAAAAGGCAAACCCUUCUUCUAGGACUGUGCCUCAAAGGCAGCAGCCUCACAGUGAUCCCAGGGACUCAGGGGUCACAAUUCCCAAAGUGAUGAGACCUCAAGGAGACCUCAGGACUGCUAAGGAUGGGCUGCAGCCAGCAGGCACAGUGCCAACCAGGAGGGGAGUCCCAGUCCCCGGCAACGCUGGCAGGCAUGCUGAGAGUGCUGCCAGCCCCAGCCAGCAGCCUGGUCUGUCACAGUGGCUGAACCAAGUGGAAUCCUAUAUUGCUGAGCAGAAGGCAGCCAACAGAGGGGACACAGGGGAGAGAGAGGAGCAGGUGGAAGCUCCUGUGAAGGGCAAGUCUGGACCUGUGGCAGCCGAAGAGGAAGAGGAAGAAGAGGCGGAUGGGGAGCCAGAGGAGGAAGAUGAGGAGGAUUUUGAUUACGUACCAGUGUUUGACCAGGCAGUAAACUGGGAGCAGACCUUCAGCAUGAGCAACCUGGACUUCCAUAUGCUGCGCACAGACUGGAUCGACCUGAAAUGCAACACGUCAGGAAACUUGCUGCUAGGAGAAAGGGAGGCCCUGGAAGUCACACGUAUCUUCCUGAAGAAGCUCAACCAGAGGAGUAAAGGGAGGUUCCAGCUGCAGCGCAUCGUCAACGUGGAGAAACGCCAGGACCGCACGGGCAGCCGGUACCUGCUGGAGCUGGAGCUGCUGGAGCAGGGGCAGCUCGUCCGCUUCUCCGAGUACAUCUUUGCCCAGGGCUGGCAGGGCAUUGGCAACGAUGAGGAGGAGGAGAGGAAGAUGAGGAACCUGGCGUGGGGUCGGCGACGGCACCUGAUGGCUGUGGCAAAUGAACCAGAGCUGUGCUGGCCCCAGGGCUUUUCCUGGAACCAUCGUGCCGUAGUUCACUUUGUGGUGCCAGUGAAAAACCAGGCACGUUGGGUGCUGCAGUUCAUUUCUGACAUGGAAGAACUGUUCCGAGUCACUAAGGAUCCAAACUUCAAUGUCAUCAUCACAGACUACAGCAGCAAUGACAUGGAUGUAGAGAAGGCUCUGAAAAGGUCUACUUUGCACAGCUAUCGGUACUUGAAGUUGACGGGGAAUUUUGAGCGUUCUGCUGGGCUGCAGGCGGGGAUAGACCUGGUGACGGACCCACACAGCAUCAUUUUCCUAUGUGACCUCCACAUCCACUUCCCAGCUGGAGUAAUUGAUUCAAUCCGGAAACACUGCGUGGAAGGCAAGAUGGCCUUCGCACCCAUGGUCAUGCGGCUGCACUGCGGGAUGUCCCCACAGUGGCCUGAUGGCUACUGGGAAGUGAAUGGUUUUGGUCUCCUGGGCAUAUACAAGUCUGACUUGGACAAGAUUGGAGGCAUGAACACAAAAGAGUUUCGGGACCGCUGGGGAGGAGAGGACUGGGAGCUCCUGGACAGGAUCUUGCAGGCCGGGCUGGAAGUGGAGCGUCUCUCCCUGAGAAACUUUUUCCACUGGUUUCACUCAAAGCGGGGCAUGUGGAACCGGCGCCAGCUGAAGACGCUGUAGCCUUUAACCUCAGAGCUGGGCAGCAGCACCAUCCACCAUCUCACCUCGAUGUGCACUUUAUCAAGGCACACAGCUAGGAGUACAAACUCUUCCUCUGCCUCCAGAGCCUUCUGAUGGGAUGGUACAGCUGAGGAAGGGAUGGUCAGACUAGGGGAGCAGAAGCUUCUCUUGUGCACUCUUGCAUCCAAGACGUGGGAUCUCUGUCUUGCUGGGAAGGCAUGUGGGGGAGAUGCUGACAAGUGAAUUGACUCAUAAAUUCCUGCCUUGUGGUCUGGUGGAUGGUAUAGUGGGAGAGGUGCCAUAUUUCCCAUUGAGUCUUGUAUGGUGCAAACCAAACAAACACAAAUCCCAGCUAAGCCCAGAAUUGUUUAUUUACAGUAACACAGCUUCUCUUUCAAUACUUGAAUCAAAAAAAAAAAAAAAAAAAAAAAAAAAAAAAAAAAAAAAAAAAAACCCUUCCCAUUUCUCCUCCUUUCCCAUCUCUCUGGUAUCCGUGCUUUUGGACAGGGGACCAAGUAAGUUCUCUGAACUGUGUCCACAUGCCCAUGUGCUGACCCAAGGAAAUCUGGAUGUGGAGGAGCUGAUAGGCACUUUAGGCUGCUAGUGCUUAGACGUUUCUCUGUGCUUUUCACUUCAGUCAUUAGGAAAAACCAUGCUCAUAUUCAGCAAAUUAUGGGCCAUGGUUGGAGACUUAAGUACACUUCCCCUUUGAGAACCACGUUUGCCAGCAACUGGGCAAGGUAGUAGGGGUUGAUGUUACAUCUCCACCUAAAUUAUUAAUCCACUGCCUGAGGAUAGUGGAGGGGUUAUACAGAGAAGCUAGGAGGGCAUCUCAGGAGGAACUUUGCAGCCUUAUCUGACAGACAUGUGUUUGUCCUAACAAUAUCAGGGAAACCAUAGCAGGAAGAAGUGGCAAUAUUUUAUUAGUUGAAAUAUUGUUGAUUUUGUCAGAAAAGAGGAGACAGACUAUUCUGCUCUCUGAAUUCUGUAUUGUUUAUGCAGUGUCUAAAGGUUAAUUUAAUAAGUUAUAGCUCACAGUUAUGUCUUGUCAUAGUUUGAAUUUUUAUGUAAAGAACAGGCCUCAUGGUUGAAGAACUGUCACAGCAGUUGGUGUUUUCUCUGGAACAGCCAUGGGAGCUCCAUCCCAGUAUGGAGGAGGUGGCCCCAGGCCUUGGCACUGGCACGGGUGCAGGGAACAGUGAGGACAGAUGAGGGUUGAGUGAAUAAAAGGAUGGGCAGACCCAUGCCAACACUGAUCCUAAGCUGUGGAAAGAGCUCCUGUCCACAGCCAGCCUGAUGCUAUAGGAAAUUCUCAGCCUGUAAAACUCCCAUUCAUUUAAAGAAAGAUUUUUUUUUACCCUUGUAACCAUUUUACAGGAUCAUGAAAACCCAGGGAUCCCAGCACAGACAGUGCUAUGCACUGGAGCUCUCAUGUCUCCAUACCAAGCUGACAGAGCUGCUACAGGUCUCAAGCUUCAGGGGAGAGCUUGACAUACGAGACCACUCAUGGCACCCAGGUCUGUGGGGAGUUGUUGAAAAGUUGGUAGUGGAGGUAUGCAGGGUACAAGCAAUGCUGACAUGGUUCUAGAGUUUGCUUUUUACACUGAUGGAGUGGAUUCCAGUUCAGAGUAGGCAUUCGUCUAUUAUUUAUUCUGUGGUGCUUGACAAGUCCAUCAAGUUCCACCAUUGCAGUAGAGAAUUCAACUUGCAAGUCCUGGCACGUGAGAUAGAAAUCUUGUCAAAUCAUCUGCUUGUUCCAGUCUGGGUUUUGAGACUGAUGGAGUCAGGACAAGUCAACCAGGUUUCAGAAAGUUUCUCUGCGCAGUGUGCAGCAAUGGUGAGAAGGAGACAAGAGACAGCUGUGUCUCAGAAUCCACAGAGCCUUUGCCAAAAUGCAGACACUGAAUAUAUCAGAAGAGGCAACCUUAGCCUUCUGGCCAAGACAGAGCGGCCUUUUUAUUGAGAGGAAGUAUUUUUACCCAUAUAGAGCUAAGAAAUUAAACAUUGUGAGGCAAGAGGGAAGAGGCUGACAGUAGUCAACACUAUUAUUAUUAUUAUUAUUUUUUAAUAACAACUUAUAUAUAGUUUGUAAUAGGAGUUUAGGAGGCCAGAGCCCUGUGAUGCUGUGUUGCAAUAAGCUCUGUUUCUGCCUGGAAUGUGCAGUGUUAGUCAGGGUUUCAGUGCAUGUCAGAGCCUGUGCUUCACUCAAAUAUGGGAACAGCCUCGUUGAGUGUGCAGGUGAGCUGCUUUCCAGGCUCCAGGAGUGCACCUCCACAGCCAGUCCAGGCUGGCUUUGUCACGCAAUCCCUGUGGAAUGGGGAGAGGCUGGGGGGGAGGAGAUGUGGCGAGGCAUUAGCAGGACCAGCUGUUUAGCUCAUCAAGCAGAGAAUGGCAUGGUGCACAUUUGCAGAUGGAGGGUUGACUGACUUUGCAGCCAGCAAGAGUGGAUUGGAAAGUAGGAGACAGCUCUCAGCCCAGCACUGCCAGCAGAAUUUAAGUGUUUUGCUCCCAUGUUUUAUUUGGGGCUGUGCUCCUUCCUUCACACCUUAUAGCUAGACUAGUGGCAAGCAGAACUGUUUACCUCGCUGAGGAUUCCCUGAUGGAGAUGUAAGGAGUUAGUGGGUUUCAGUCCAGUUUCCUGAUGGCCAGUAUCCCCCUGUCAAAGUUGCCAUCAUAUCUAGUGAGAGGUGUCCCUACCCAUGCAGGGGCAGUUGAAUUAGCUGAUCUUUAAGGUCCCUUCCAACCCAAACCAUUCUAUGAUUCUAUGAUUUUAUUUUCUUCUUUUUCAAGCACAGUGGGGAUUCUUAGUGGUAUUUAAGUUGUAGUAGUAAUGUGAUUAUAUUAAUUGGCACUGCUGGCAGCUUGGAGGGAGCCCACGGGAACAAAACUGUCUUCCAGCCCACAUGUUCAGGUUGUGGGAGAGAGGUGCUACAUGCUCACCAGUCUGCAAGCAGCAAAUCUUGCAGAAGCAGCACUGGGCUUUGCUCUGAGGCUGCUGCCCCUCUUCAAGCAACCUGCAGUUUUUUCUCCCAGAGUCAUGAAGAACAGGAGAACAAGGAGUGUGUCAGGGCAGGUAAUCCUGCAGCCGUGCAGUGAAGGAUGUGACCAUCCAGGGCAGUGGCCAGGGCACCUUGUUCCAUGUCAUUCAGGUGGUUCACCCCAUCACUGGUGUGAAACAUGCAAUGCUGCUGUGAGGAGGGCUCAUCUUUGGUCUGGCACAGGUUUCAGAGAGCAAGAAGGACCUGCUUCACUGCAGCCAGGACCUAUCUCCCCAGCAGUUGAUCUGUUCUGUCACCAGGAUCUUCUUUAGAGCUGUGGACUGAGUGGUGAUGAGUCUCCCCGAGGCCUUCAUGUGAUCCUGGCUGUGACCUACUCACAGCAGGAGUAAGCAGCUGAAUGUGUUCCAUGCCUCAGCAGGCAGCAGGGAGCUGCUCUGGUAGCUCUUUGGCUGGGGACAGCUGGGGAGAUGAUGGACAUGCUGAAGAAGAGAACUUCCCUGGGGCAGGAUGUGGCCAGGCUGUGGACCAUGGGCCCCCCAGUGUGGGGUCCAUGGAGUGGGCUCUGCUCACAAAUGCAGACUCCUUAAGGACUGUGAAUUGUGGGCAGAGGUUUGUUUUACAGUCAAUAAAGGGAAUGAGAGGGUGGCUUUUAUUCUGAGAGAAAUGUGUUGCAUGAAAAUUACAAUGUGACUUGUUUUGUCAUUGUCUUUACUGUUUGUCUGGUAUGAACACCUCAUCUUUCAUUGCGUACAAAUGUCUGAAGUUGUUUUUUAGAUACCAUGCUUUGUGUUAAAAGUCUGAAUUGUACCUUUGAAUUAUCUGCCUUAGUGGCUCUGUACCUUCAAAAUGAUUCCUGGGCCACCUCUUUGUUAGAGCUGGGGAUGUACUGUUUCUCCCUCGAGUUUUAUAAAUAUAUUGUCUUCCUUCAAGA